GGUUGGGUGGGGUGUGUUCGGUGCAGCGUUUUGUGAGAUUGUGAAGAGAAAGGAGAUGUUUGAGAGAUAUGGAUGAAUAAGUGAUUGUGUUGUGUGAUCUUGUUGCUAGUGAACGUUCUGGUAAACUUCAACGCAACGAGAUGGAAGGAAACGUCGCUGAAGCUGCGAGGUGUGGAGAAUGGACGAAGGUUCGACUACUGGUUGAACAAGGAGGGAACGUGAAUGGUGUGGGUAGAUGGUGGAGAAGAACAGCUCUACACUGGAGUGCCCUGAUGAGAAAUUCCGAUAUUUGUUUGUUGUUGUUGUCACAAGGCGCGAACGUCAAUGAGACAGACAAAAAGGGAGAUACGCCGCUUCACAUAGCAGCUAGAAAUGGUCACAUUCAGACUGUCCAGCUGUUAGUGGAUUGUGGAGCAGAUGUAAAUGUAUUGAAUGAAGAUGGACAAACACCACUACAUACAGCACCUGCUGGUGGAUGGAAAGACCGUCCUGAAUUGUGUUCUAUUUUACUAGAACAUGAUGCCAAGAUUGAUGUAGUGGAUAAAGAUGGAAACCAACCACUACACUUGGCAUGUCAUCCUGCAACUGGAAAUUUAUUGUUUUCUCAUGGGGCUAAUGUAGCUGCUCUAAACAAGCAACAAAAAAGUCCUUUACAUUUGGUAAAUGAAAUAAUAUUGACAUACUAUCCUCGUGUACAGGAUGGUGAUCAUGCUUUACACGCAGCAGCUAGAGAUGGUUACACUGAGACCGUCCAGCUGUUGGUGAAUUGUAAAGCAGAUGUAAAUGUAUUGAAUAAAGAUGGACAAACACCACUACAUACAGCAGCUGGUGGAGGGAAAGACUGUCCUGAAUUGUGUUCUAUUUUACUAAAACAUGAUGCCAAGAUUGAUGUAGUGGAUAAAGAUGGAAACCAACCACUACACUUGGCAUGUAAACAUGAUCAUCUUGCAACUGCACGUUUGUUGGUAUCCCAUGGAGCUGAUGUAACUGUUCUAAACAAGCAAGACAGAGAACGUAUACAUUUACCAACUGAAUCCAUUUCAAAGUCAGGUCAAGAACAGAAUGAACCUCACAAGAGUCAAUGGCUCAAACUAGUGGCCAAGUCACUAACUGGUGAAGCUGUUCAAUUGACAGCAAAAUCAUCUGAUACUGUUGCCACCUUGAAGCAGCAAUUGCAAACCAAGAAUGACCCAUCGUCAUGGGAUCAACUGCUUGUUUUUAAGAAGAAGCAACUGCACGAUGAGCAAACAUUGGCUGAUGCAGGAGUAACUGAUGGAACAAUACUGAACGUCGUUCUUUGUCCUCGUGGUGUGACAGGCAUGGGAGCUGAUGCGGCUGAGUUAUUUGUUCGAGCUUUAUCACAAGGAAAAGUCGAAGUAAGUCGAGUGAAGAUUGUCAUUGCUGGUAGAGACAGAACGGGCAAGACGUCAUUUAAACGAUCUGUGCUCAAAAUGAAGUUUCAGAUAAUUGAACCGAGCACACCUGUGGCAGUGGCAGAGUUGGCAGUGUGUGAAGCAUCAAACUGGAAGCUUUUGAGUAACAAGGACGAAGAAUUUUUAGACAAACAAAUAGCUAGAGCAGCAGUUGAUGUACCGACUGUUUCAAGUGCAAAUGUGUCUGGUAGUCAAGACGACAACAAAUAUGACAAUGACAAAACAGAUUAUGAAGAUCAUCACGGUGAGGUUGAGCUUGGCUUGCCAGUUGAUAGAGAAUCUGCAUCAACUGAUACUAGAGAAAGCAGCAACAAUACAGACAAACUUGAUGAAGUCAAUGAUAGAGAAAGCAGCAGUGACACAGACAAACUUGAUGAAGCAACAGUUCUAACUGGAGGGAUAGCUCGUGCUAUCAUAGAUUUCCAAAGUGAUCCUGACCUCUUGAAGCAGGAAGAUUCAAAAGUUCACGUUGCCAUUUGGGAUUUGGGAGGUCAGGAGCCACUUCUUCCUGGUCAAGGAGAAGCCAUCACACCAGGAUGUGUCGUUUGUGUUGUAUUUAAUGCAUCUGAGUUUCUAGGUGACAAGGCCAAGUCCUUCUAUUGUCCUGCUGACUCAAAACCAAUUCCAAUUGACAACCACUGGAUAGUGACGAACUAUGAUGCUGUAGCUUUAUGGUCAUCCAUGACUUUUUUGGCAGGAGAUGUCGAAAGUCUUGAAGGCCUUCUCUCUGGUCUUCACAUCGGCAAGUCAAAGGGAUGUGCAUCACCAGUGAUGUUGUUGAUUGGAACACACAUCAAUGAUGCCGAUGAAGAAAUGAUCAAGAAGCAGAAUGAAUUUCUGUCUAAAAUGUUUCGUAAUAAAGCAUUUCAGAAGCACAUCCUUCGACCAUCUAACCAGGCUAAUGAUUGGUUUUUUCAUGUCGAGAAUUCGGUGUCUGAUCCUGACAGUGCAAGUGAGGAUGCAGGCGUGAGUGCAGUGAAGCAAGUCAUUGAAGAGUUGGCACGUGAUGUGUCACCUAAACCUCUGAUACCAGCCACUUGGUCAGUUCUAGAGAAGAUUCUUGAUUCUUUAGAAACCAAGUUGGGCACUGCUCUUUCCAAUGUCAAUGUUAUCAUGCGUUUUGCCCGUCGAUUGUGUCGAAUGUCAGAAGAGAAAGAAGUUCGUCUUGCUCUAACAUAUUUAGAUGAAGCCGGAUCAGUAAUCUAUCCUCAGAAAAGUGAGAAGCUGAAGAACACAGUCGUCACCAGACCAAGCUGGAUUUUCAUGGUUUUCUCAGUUGUGGCAUCUGUCACUUCUUGGCCUCCUCCCUUAUUGAUUGAAGAUUGGGAUCGAGUUCGGCAAGUAGGAAUUGCUUCUUGGGAACUCAUUCAUUAUCGUCUGAAAGAAGCAGGAGUGAAGCCAGCAGAGUAUGAAGAUGUACUCAAUUUGUUGAAUUUCUAUUUUAUUCUGUGUCCCAAUCCUCCACCUCUUCCUAUAUCAGUUUCUUAUAAAACAGAAUACUUUGUUCCAUGUUUGCUAGAAGUCGAGUCAAAAGGUCCAUUUGCAGCUGUUGAUUUGGUUGCUUCUCGGCCAAUGUCACUUAUCAUUUUGUCUCACAAAAUUGAGUUUUUUCCUGAGCAGUUGUAUUUUAGGCUGAUGAUGUGUUGCAUUGAGAAAUAUCUUGAUGACCCAAUGUUGACACGUAAUAAGUGUGUAUAUCGAGUUGAGAAAGAUGUCAAGUUGGAAGUGAUUUAUCACUUGAAGAAAUAUAUCAUUGUCACUAUUGACACACAACGGCCACUUCAUGAAAUUGCAUAUCUGUGUACAGACAUCCGUCUGUUCAUCACUAAAAAGCUGCAUGAAGUGAAGACACCAGGGUUGUCUCGUUUUCAGUUUUCAUUGAAUAUUCAACAUCCCGGACCAGCCAUUCCUUUGGAUGUAAACAAGUUGGUAUGUAUAGACAAGUAUAUACCAAGUGAGGACACAACAUUGAGAAGAAACAAAAGCAGGGUCGAUGUCAAUCUGGAUCACAAAGAGAGAGCUGCAUUAGACUGUUGGUUUUAUGAAGAGAAAGAUGAUGUAGAAGGAAACUCUCAACAACAGUCACUGACAGUACAAGCAAACACCAAAUGUACGGCUAAGGAUUUGGUGAAUGUAGCUAACAAACUCUGUCAUUGUUGGCAAAGGCUUGUGUUGAAUCUGUCAGCCGAAUUUUUCAUAGACAAGACAGAGUUGAUUCAAAGAGAUGUCAAAGAUAAUUCCUUCAUGCAAGCUGUAACAGCAUUGCGUAUGUGGACUAAUGAAUUUGGUGAAAAAGCCAACCAGGCAGCAAUGAUCAGGGCUAUGUGUACCAUUGGGUGUAGAUCUCAGGCUGCAGAUGUUUUCAAUACCAGUUUGGUGCAGCAUGUCUGCCCACACAAAUGACUGUGUUGUUCUCACUCAUAAGCAGAAAUUUCUUUUAAACUGAAUUGAACGUUAUUAACUGUUUUAUUUUAUUUAUUUCAGUCUUUGUUGAUUAGUAUUGUUGCCAGUUGACUAAAACCUGUUUAUUAAUAGUCACCAGUAUUGCUGCCUAUACAUACAUAUUUAAAUUAAAAAAUAA